AUGGCGGGUGGAGAGCCCGGGUUCGCACCAGAUAGAGCGGCGCUCCCAGAGUUCGGCAAAGACGACACCAUUGCGUGUUGCGCCAUCGGUGCCGGCCAACGCGCGGAAGCCGCGGGCGGCGCUCAGAGGAGUGUUUUGCGUACCGCCGGGUCGACGCGAUCCCAAGGACGUGGAAGAGAUGGAAAUACGUGCAGAAUCCGUCCCGUCUCCCAUGCUGUCCUCGUUCCGCACGCACUGGUGCUCGGCUGCCCGCUGCACCAUCCGAAAUUUCUUCCCAAGAACACGUGCGACUGGACGACCGCGCUAUCAGCGCCCGCCCGAAAUACCGAGCGCUGGCGUGCACCACGUUCCAGACCGGCGUUUGGCCGCUUGGUCCGAUGGGGGCAGAACCGUGUCGACUCGCCCAUACGGGCCAUGGGUGCUGCUACAUGCACGACGGUUUUUUACUCUAGGCGUGCUUUUGUUUAA